AUGCUUCCCGGCAGCGCCAACGGUCCCGCUGCCUCCGUCGCCGCCUCGUUGCAAAUGGCGCCUACGGACGCGUCGGCGUCGGAGUGGGACAAUGACUCGGGCCGCCCGGCCUUCCUCAACGUGUUUCUGCCCACCAGUGUCCCAGUGCCGGCGACGGCGAUCCGCGCGACCACUCCGGAGCGGGAGCGUCGGACGACCCGCCCGGCCUUCAUCAACGUGUUCAUGCCCCCGGCGCCCCCUCUCCCAGAGAUGACCAUGGCCGAUCUGCAGCGACGCUUGAAGGACCCCUCGGUGGAGAUCAUCACGCACCCGCCGCCCAGGAACCAGUUCCGCUUCCGGGCGGACUACCUCGCCCACGUCGCCCUGCUCGACUACCCCAAGGAGCAGCGCCACGAGGAGGGCAUUAACCGCAGCUGCGGCGGCUUCGGGUUCGUGGUGGAGACCGACCCCGCCUGCUUCGCGGCGCCUGACCUGGCCCCGGUCCACCUCGUCGUCAACCUCGUGCAUCCCCGGAACAUCCCCCGCGAGGUCCGCAUCAGGUACGGCGAUCAUCGGUUCCGCAACGUCGUGCCUGUCCAGAUCAUGAGGGUUUGGGACAAGUCCCUGUCCACCGGCGCUGACGGAGAGUACGUGCCUAUGUUCGAGGCCGCGGCGGCGGCCUCCUAG